GCUUCCGAAGCCAAGUGAGAUGGAGUCUGGACGCAGACCCGACAAGGGAAGCUUGGUGCAUGAACAGGGGUAGCGAGAUGGGACGGAGACGGAGCCACGGAACAAGGGGGCGUGGAUCCUUGGGUUGGGCGCACGGCAGGACUGGGCAGGGGAGGGUUUUGAGGCGAGCUGGGAAACAUUUUAUGAUUUUGUUGUACUCUACUCGGCGUCAUGGGGAGAAGAGAAGAUGCGAGAGAACCGGUUCUGUUUCCGGGGAGUAAUGUUUCUUUUGUCGGCAUCAAAAACGAGAUCGGAGUUUGUCGCAUUUCAUUCCUUGAAUAAACGGAAGAGGGGAGCUCGAGGAGUUGUUGUCCGGGUUGCUGCGAACACGAAUCUUAUGUUGAUUGGUACUUUUUCUACACACACAAUGAAGAUCUCAUAUUGCUUUUGCUUGUGUGAUGCGAUGCCGCCGUGGCUGACAAUACCGUUGAUGAUGCAGGCUUUUGGGGCUCAAAUUGUUGGAGCGAGCUUUGCUAGGCUCGAGAGCCGAUUCGAGGGGGAACAAGUUGCUGCUUGGAUCUCGGUUUUCCUUUCGACACCGCAGGAGCAAGAUUGCGGAGAAGAAAUUGGGUCCGAUCGUAUCCCGUAACUAUACCCAUGGCCAUGCCCCUGUAGAUGUUUCUUGGGCUCAGAUUCGAGAUUGGGAUCGGACCAGGUGCAGGAGAGUGGGAUAUUAAUUUCGAGAGGGCUGGUUCCU